AUGAGUGCCAUGGCCGACCCAAUAGAGUGGUACCCGGCCCGCAUCCUCCAGGCCCGGGCCGAAGGAGAUGACGGGCCCAACACCCCGGGCAGCCCCAACUCGUUCGCCCUCAUCAUCCUCAACCAGCCACUCAGGGACGUGUCAACCCUGAAGAAGCUGUGGAAGAAUUCAACCUUGCGAGUCGCAGCAGAUGGCGGCGCCAAUCGUCUCCUCGACGUUUGUAAAAAUGACGACGACGGCAAAUCUUUCGUGAGAUUCUCUCAGCUUUACUCACCUUCAGAUGUCUCAUCGAGUACUCACGCCACGCAGGAUAACCUCGACGCUAUAGUAGGGGACCUGGACUCUCUCACAAACCAAGCACGGCAAUACUUCACCACACGAGCCAAGCCGACCAAGGUUAUCCAUGACCCAGAUCAGUACUCAACAGACUUCGCCAAGACCGUCAAGUGGAUACGCGCAUCGUCGGCCCCUUCGCCAGAGGACACAGGCGCCUCAAUUCCCGACAUCGUCGCCAUGGGCGGUCUUGGCGGGCGCGUGGACCAGGGCCUGAGCCAGCUGCACCACCUGUACCUGUUCCAGACGUCCCCAGACUACGCCGAGGGCCGGCUGUUCCUCGUGAGCGGCGAGUCGAUCACGUUCCUGCUCAAGGGUGGGAGGAGGCAUCGGAUCCACGUGCGAGAGAGGGACGGGCGAGAGAGGGACGGGAAGGGAGAAAGGAGGGACGACGUGUUUGACAAGUACGUGGGCAUCGUUCCCGUCAAGGAGCCGAGCGUCAUCUCGUUGAGGGGGUUCGAGUGGGACGUGACGGACUGGGAGACCGAGUUUGGCGGCCAGAUGAGCACGAGCAACCACGUCCUGCCCGAGACGGAGGUGGUCGAGGUUGAGACGACGAGGGACGUGUUGUUCACCAUCGCGCUGAAGAGGUAG